AUGCCUCCCAUUGGCAGCUAUCAGCUCUCCCUGGCCGUCUACACAGUGACCUUUGUGACAGGCCUGCCCCUCAACCUGCUGGCUUUCUGCGCCUUCGUGGUGAAGGCCCGCCGGCGCCUGCUGCCCGCCGAUGUCCUGCUCCUCAACCUGACAGUGUCCGACCUGGUGCUGCUGGCCUUCCUGCCCAUCCGCAUCACUGAGGCCUCCUGGGAGAUGAAGUGGAAGAUGCCGGAUUUCCUCUGCCCCCUCUCCGGCCUCCUCUUCUUCAGCAGCAUCUACCUGACCACCCUCUCGCUCACCGGCGUCAGCGUUGACCGCUACCUCAGCAUGGCCUUCCCCCUCCGCUACAAGGCAGGUCGCCGGCCGGCCUAUGCCGUGGCGGCCGUGGCCUUGUUCUGGGUGGCUGCUUUCUCCCACUGCAGUGUGAUCUACGUGGUCCAGUACCAGGCCAGGGGCAACGACACAGUGGGCAACCUCACCCGCUGCUACGCUACCUUCACCGACCACCAGCUGGCUGUCCUGCUGCCCGUCCGCCUGGAAAUGUUCCUGGUCCUCUUCUGCCUUCCGCUGGGAAUCACCACCUUCUGCUAUGCCAGAUUCAUCGCCAUCAUACGCUCCCUGCCACUGGUGAGCCCCGGGAGGAAGCGCCGGGCCAUCGGGCUGGUGGCAGCCACGUUUCUCCACUUCCUGGUCUGCUUCACCCCCUUCAACAUCUCCCACGUGGUGGGCUUUGUGGAGAAUAAGAGCCCAGAAUGGAGAGUCUACGUCGUGCUCCUCAGCACUUUCAACGCCAGCUUCGACCCCAUCAUCUUCUACUUCUCCUCCUCGUCUUUCCAGAAGAUCUGCCUGGAGUGUCUGCAGGCUGCCUGGGAGAAGCUGCAGCUCGGCUGGCUCUGCCCUGGGGUCUGGCCGGAGGCCCCGGAGAACGUGGUCAUGGCGGAGUCGCAGAUGGUGCAGUGA